UCUGCCUCGGUGGGUGAACGCGAGGUGCUGAGAGAGCCGCCCGAGAGAGUAAAGACGAGCCGGUGGAAGGAGGAAGAAGGGAAAACCGGCUGGAAAAAAAAGAGCUUUUAUAUUAUGAAAUAGCAAUCCAGAAACCUGUUGUGACUUCAGAAUGGCUUUUCAUGUGGAAGGGUUGAUAGCUCUCAUUUUGUUCUACUUGGCCAUCCUGUUUGUUGGAAUAUGGGCUGCUUGGAAGACCAAAAACAGUGGGAGUGAUGGAGAUCGUAGUGAAGCUAUUAUAGUUGGUGGAAGAGAUAUUGGCUUGCUAGUUGGUGGAUUUACCAUGACUGCCACCUGGGUUGGAGGCGGUUAUAUAAAUGGGACAGCUGAAGCAGUGUAUGUUCCAGGCUAUGGACUCGCCUGGGCUCAGGCACCCUUUGGGUAUGCACUUAGCCUAGUUGUAGGUGGCUUGUUUUUUGCAAAGCCCAUGCGUUCCAAAGGGUAUGUGACAAUGUUGGAUCCAUUCCAACAAAUUUAUGGAAAACGGAUGGGAGGGCUUAUCUUCAUACCCGCCCUGAUGGGAGAAAUGUUCUGGGCAGCAGCCAUCUUUUCUGCAUUAG